GCCCUUCCGUCCUUGCUUACUUGUGUUCUCGACACACUGUAGACUGCCUUGCUUUAUUUUCUUUCUGUCUUUCGUUUUUGUAUUAUUGCCAUUCAUUUUUUUUUUAAAUUUCUAUCUGUCUAAUACGCUUUGCUCCUUUGUUAAUUUGCCCUUCGAUUUGACAGUCAUAUGAAACCGUUUUCUUGAUGGCUGGCCAUUUUAGCCCAGCAUCGGCACCUUCCAAACAUCUUCAAAAGUGCUCGCUGUGAAUGUAAGCAACUAGAAAAUUUUCAAAGCCAAAGAAAUAUGGCUCAUCGCAUCCAUGCUGGCGGUGCAGCGAGCUAUCCUCUACUUGAUCCCUGGUCCCACGGGAUUGGCGUGAUAAGAGAAGUUUGGUCCUGUUGGUCGGAGCUCGAUAUCACACAUAUCGGAUCCCUUGUCGCUAUUGCCGGCGUUGUACCAACGGCGUGGAGAUUCUUGCAGCGCACAUGUACUGAGACAUACGGCUGGAUUAGGCGUUGUUUCGUGGCUUCGGUUACAAUUCCCGGAGGUGAUCCUCUUAACAGGAGCGUAGUGCAAUGGAUCCUGUCCAACCGGUCACGGCAUUAUCGAUCCUUCACGGGUCGUACAGAAAUUGGAAGUGCUGGUGUUGACCGGGCUGCUACUCUCAGGAAAACUCGCCACGCAGUCCGCUAUUCGCCCCAUUGGGACACGAAAUGGCUCUGGUAUAGAGGUAAUGCUAUUCAUGUAGUGCGUGCAGCUGGGAACUGUGGUGUGUCCAUGUCUGAUCCGAGUUAUGACGGAAUCGGAGGCGAGGAAAUUACAAUAAGCUGUUUCGGUUGGUCAGCAGAGCCUGUCAAGAAGUUCAUUGAGGCCUGUCGUGAGUAUGCAGAUAGGGAGACCCAAUUUUUUGUUAUUAUUUACGCACGGGAUCGGUACGGGCUAGCAUGGAAGCCAAAAGCCCGCAAGCCGAUCCGACUGCUAGAAACCGUGCACUUUGAUAAUCAGCUCAAGCAGGAGCUGCUCGCCGACAUUCGAAAUUAUCUCGACCCCAGGACUCAGAGACUUUACCAGAGCCGGAGUAUGCCUUACCGCAGAGGGUACCUAUUUUAUGGUCCGCCAGGAACUGGCAAGUCAUCUCUAUCGCUCGCCAUCGCGGGUGAGUUUGGCCUCGACCUCUACGAAGUCAAGAUCCCCAGUGUCGCUACCGAUACAGACCUUGAACAGAUGUUUCAAGAGAUACCGCCAAGAUGUGUUGUCUUAUUAGAGGAUAUUGAUGCGGUGUGGGUGGACCGCUCAAACGUCCAGAAAAACGACCAUGAAGGAAACCACGUACCAAACUGCACCUUGUCUGGACUUUUGAAUGUCCUAGACGGUGUUGGAUCGCAGGAAGGUCGCAUUGUCAUCAUGACCACCAAUCGGCCAGAAGAUCUUGAUCGUGCAUUGGUCCGACCCGGCCGCGUAGACACAAAGGUCUAUCUCGGAAACAUCAACCGGAAGUCCACUGAGGAGAUGUUUCUACGCAUGUUUUCACCUGAUCUAGGCUGUUCUUCACAGCUGAAUAUGGAUGAAAUCCAAGAGCUUGCUGUUGAAUUCGCCAGCCACAUUCCAAACGAUACAUUCACCCCUUCAUCUCUACAGGGAUUCUUCCAGCUGUACUUGAACAGCCCUCAUGACGCUGUUUCAAAUAUUGGUGAAUGGGUCAAGAGAGAACUUUCGAAACAGCCGGAUAAAGAAUUUGAGGACGUAUUUAAUGAAAGGAAAAUAUAAAUAGAUUGUAUAUUAUAUAUAAACCAUUAUCGUUGCCAUUUAGACGCAGUAUCAAUAACAACUUCAUGAUAACAUUCAAA